AUAGGGACGCGCCGGGCGGCCUGGCUGAGCGUCAUGGCGGCGUCCUGAGCUCGCUCCAGGCAUCCUUCCUGAAUUCCUCAUGGCGCUGCAGGUGCUCACCCGGGCUUUGGGCUCGCUGAGUCUGGCUUCCCGGGCAGUUCAGGUGACAAACAAUGCUCCCCCCCAGCUGCCCUGUGCCUCGGUGCUGCUCCCCUAUCGCCCAUUUCUUACCUCUGCGGCUCUUAAUGCUAAGAUAGUCUCCUGGAAGAGUCGUACCAAGUAUACCGUCAUGCCAGUGAAAAUGAGGAAAUCUGGAGGUCGCAAUCACACAGGCCGAAUUCAAGUACAUGGGAUAGGUGGUGGCCACAAGCAGCGCUAUCGUAUGAUUGACUUCCUACGGUUCCGGCCCGAGCAAGAAGUGAAGCCAGGCCCCUUCGAGGAGAAGAUCAUCAACAUCCGCUAUGACCCCUGUAGGUCAGCAGACAUAGCUCUGGUUGCCGGAGGCAACCGGAAACGCUGGAUCAUUGCCACAGAAAACAUGCAAGUGGGAGAUAUAAUCCUGAAUUCGAAUCAGAUAGGCCGAAUGGCAGUUGCUGCUCGGGAAGGGGAUGCACACCCUCUUGGGGCCUUGCCUGUGGGAACCCUCGUCAACAAUGUGGAGAGUGAACCAGGCCGGGGGGCUCAAUAUAUCCGAGCUGCAGGGACAUGUGGUGUCCUGCUCCGGAAGGUCAAUGGGACAGCUAUCAUCCAGCUCCCUUCCAAGCGGCAGAUGCAGGUCUUGGAAACGUGCAUCGCCACGGUGGGUCGAGUGUCCAACGUGGAUCAUAACCAGCGGGUCAUCGGCAAGGCUGGCCGCAACCGCUGGCUGGGCAAGCGGCCUUCCAGUGGGCUUUGGCAUCGCAAGGGGGGCUGGGCUGGCCGCAAGAUCCGGCCGCUGCCCCCCAUGAAGAGUUACGUGAAGCUGCCCUCCGCGGCCGCCCAGAGCUGAUGUAUAUAGCGUGUGCGCGCAUACAU